UAGCUCAGAUCAGUGAAGUAAUCCAGGCCGGAAAACGUAGUGUACUAAAUCUGCUAGGAUAGGAUGGAUCAUCUCCGGCAGAUAGCGGAAGCUUACUACGAAGCCAGCGAGUCGGAGAUCCAAUCCAAAGUCCAGGACUUCUUCAAAACCCUAGACACCGACAGAAAUGGCCGCAUAAACAAAACCGAGUUCAUAUCCUUCAUGAGAGAAGAAGGGCACCACCGCAUGAGCAACCCGAGCUUCUUCUCUUUGAUCGACACCGACCGUGACGGCUCCUUAGAUUUCUCCGAAGUCCUCACGCUCCUCUAUAUUGUUCGGAGCGGGAGGCCGUUCUGUGACUGCUGUGGGAGUUUCAUUCCGACCACCUAUUUCACCUGCGCUCACUGCCACGCCGUUAACCUCUGCAUUUCUUGUUAUCGGAAUCGGAGGUAUAGCCAUGACCACCCAGGGCAGCCCGCCCGGUUCCUGGAUAAUUAUGCCCAGUUAUUCCACGCUAAGAAAAGUUCAGGCGGCUGCAGCAUGAAUACCAACAAUACAACAUCUACCCAUGAAUCACACAGCAGGGACAUCCGUACUGUUCCGGGAGCUAAAUAUGAGAGAUGGAAAAUUGCCCUCCAAGCACUUCAGAUCGCACUUAUGACGCUGGGGGAUUCUUGUACCAUCAUGUAAUCAAUGUCAAAAAGUCUAUGGAUUUUAAGUAUUAUUAGAAGAGUUUUAAUAUGCAGAAUCUCAGAUUCUACUUUCUGAAUUAAACUUUCUAAUGUAACAACUUUGGAUAUAAUGUCUUUUAUCUUGUGAUAGAAAAAAUGAAUUGAAUCUACGCGGGCAAA